AAUUCGUGGUAAAAUUAAAAAUAUUGUCACCCAGAAAAAUGAGUUCCCUCUCUCAAAAAUCUCCUUGUAUUUUUUGUAAUAUUGUAAACAAGUUGGAAGAUACCGAGAUUUUAUAUGAAGAUGACUUGGUUUGUGUGUUUCGAGAUAUUAAACCCGCCAGCAAAUCUAUUUUGACUAUUCCUAAGCGGCACAUUGAAGAUGCCAGAGCAUUAACUCCUAACGAUAUUGAAUUGGUGCAAAAAAUGCUAACUGUAGCUAAACAAAUGCUCACUCAAAAUAACUAUUCCAUUGAUGAUGCCAGAUUUGGUUACCACUGGCCCCCAUUUAGAAGUGUAAAACAUUUACAUCUACACACAAUAGCUCCAGAAAGUGAAAUGGGAUUCCUAGCUCGGAUGAUAUUUAAAAAGGACUCAUAUUGGUUUGUGUCUCCUGACUAUGUUGCUUCAAGACUCUGAUAAGCUGACAGCUCAAUAUGUGUACCAAUUUAGUAUAAUUUUUCUUGGUGGUGUGUAUAUAAGUGGAUGUCCUAGUUUGCAAUACAGUUGAACACAUAAGUGAUUAACUGGAGUAUUAUGUUAAUUUUUUGUAACUUGCAAAUACUAUUUUGCAUAACAAUAAGUUGACUCACAUAGGCCAAACACAGUAUAGCAGGAAGCAAUAUCACAUAAAAAUAUGUCAUUAGAAUGAAUGUGUGGAUGGUUAAUGUCAAUGAUGAAUUACUCUUAAAAUGCUAUUACUUAUCUUAUUAUAAAGACUAAAGCCCAUUUCAUGGAUUAGUAAAAUAAAAAUAGCACUACAUAUACUAAUAUUAGGUGGAUCAAAACCUGUGAUAGGUUUGCUAUAAAUAUUGGUACUUUCUCACUAAGUAAUAACAAAAGAAUUUAUUUCAAAUACAAAGUACAUUUAUCACCCUAUUAUCAAUGUAUUAUUGUACAUUCCUUGGUCCUUUGGGUAAAAGCCUCCUUCAAUUCUCCUCAUAUUGCUGUCCUGCCUUCCGCUGUUGCCUGGUCUAUCCACCUACAUACUAGGUUCAAUUGUAGUAUAUUUUUGUUAAUAAGAUUACUGUGGUAUUAGGUAAUUUUAAAUGGUGAUAUAUAGAAUAUGCAUUUUUAGGUACUAGGAAAAAAUGAUUGAUUAAAUAUGUUUCUAUUAGCUAAACAAAUUUAAAUGAGUUAUUAAAGAUUACACAACUUAUUUUUUUUAUAUGUGAAAUGUUCUGAAUAACAUUCUUUGGAACACCAAAGAA